AUGUCCCGCGUCGACGCCCCCGACCGCGGUGCCGCGCUCUGCGACCCGACGCGUCUCCGCGUCGACGGCGGCGACGUCGAGCGCUUCGCCGUGGACGUGUGCGCGGGUUUCCACGCGCGAGGGCCUUUGUACGCGCGCGAGGUCGCCCUCGUCGCUCGACCGACGUCGAUGCGCGCGACGCCUGGACGCGACGGCGACGACGCCGUGGGCGCGUCGGACGCGCGCGCGCGCGCAUCGAGCGCGUGUCGGUCCGGCGCGGCGACGCCGAGCGGGACGGUGAACGAUGGUGGACCGCGGCGCGGCGGCGCGCGGGCGAGCGCGGAGACGUCGGACGCGGACGACGCGCGACGGACGGUGGUCGACGCUCUGGCGCGCGCGCGACGGGCGUCGGGGGUGGGCGACGAUGUGGACGCGAUGGCGCGAGCGGAGGGGUGGUUUUAUAGUUCGCGAACGUUCGUGAAGAAGACGGGGACGCCGACGAGCGACACGGAGGACGCGGAGGAGACGGCGGGGGAUCGAGAGGACGCGCCGCUGAUCAACGAGUUCGUGGACCUCGCGGCGGAGGAGGUGGAUUUCAUGUGUAAGUGGAACGCGGUGGCUCGACGGUUUAACUGCCUGGGGGAGUGCGAGAGCGCGGCGCUGUGCGAGGCGUUCGCCAGGGCGCACGGGCGAGACCUCGCGCGAGAAGAUUUUUUCAACUACUUUUUGCGAACCAUGUUUGGGAUGUUUGAGUUUGGCGUCAUGGACCGCGAGGGCAUCGUGCGCGCGCUUCGCGCCGCGUCGAGCGCGUCGAGGAAGCGGCGCAUUUCUCAAUCGUGA